AUGUCAGAUAUCGACAACCUCGUCGACAUGGGCUUUGACCGUGAAAAGGCAUCCCUCGCCAUGAAGAAGACAGGCAAUUUGGGAGCUGCUGUCGACUGGCUUAGCAACAACGCCGACAAGUCCAUCGAGGAACUCAAAGAGAACGAAGGCGAGGAAGAGUCGCCUCUGUCGUUACAGCCUGGCGAGCAAGCCAGAAGUCUGCUUUGCAAAGAUUGUGGCAAGAAAUUCCGGUCAACCGCCCAAGCGGAGUUUCAUGCCAACAAGACUGAGCACCAGAACUUUGAAGAGUCUACCGAAGAGAUCGCCCCUUUGACCGAGGAAGAGAAAGCCACAAGACUCGCAGAACUACGUGAGAAACUCGCCGCCAAACGCGCCGUCCAAUCCGAGCAAGACAAGGAAGAUAAGAAGCGCAACGAUCAGAUCCGUCGCAAGGCCACAAAGGAGCAACAGGACAUCAAGGAGGAUCUGGCCAAGAGGGAACAGAUCAAGGAAGCCGAAGCCAAAAGGCGUGAGAAGCAAGCCGAUAUUGAAGCCAAGAAGCGCAUUCAGGCAAAGAUUGCUGCAGACAAGGAAGAGCGCCGCCUCAAGGCUGAAAGAGAAAAGGCCGCUCGCGCUGGCCAGUCCGCUGUUGUCGCCGACCCUACGCCAGUCGCAAAGCCUACUGUGCCCAAGACUGCUGCAAACUACACGGAAGCAAGAUUACGACUUCAGACAUCCGCUGGCACCGUUCAGAAGACCUUCCCUGUUGAGACGACACUCUUCGAGGUUGCUCAAACUCUCGCCCAGGAAUCUGGUGUUCAGGUCAGCGAGUUUGUGCAGAACUUCCCGAAGAAGGUCUACGACAGUUCAGACUUUGGUCAAACACUGAAGGAGGCUGGUCUUGUACCAAGCGCUGCCCUCAUUGUCAGAUGA